AUGGCUGCUGUGAUGUGUGUUCGACAGGCGCUGGGAGCUCAACGAAUCUGGCCUGGCAUGGUGCGUAUCUAUCGCAAGAUGCAUGGAUGGUCACGAGACAUAUGGAUAUCUGAGAACACCUGGAGUGAACAUGAUUUCAUGUUACACGGAUGGAAGAAAGACAUCAAGGACAGUCAGCAUCUGUUCACGAAAAAAAUCAAAGCGGAAAAUUGCGACGCCAGUCUGAAAGAGUGGGACUGGAAAGGGCAAUUUUUAGUGGGCACUGACGAUCUUAAAAGAACCCUGGAGGUGUCUGAGGACUACUACCGCACCGAGUUUCCGAACAAGGGGCGGGUGAUCGCAUACUUCGAUUUCCCUGAUAUAGCCAAGUGCUACCCGACUUGUGAAAAUUCGAAGCGGUCAAAUAAUGUUGGCGUGAAGGCCCUCCGAAUAAAGAAAUAA